UGAUAAUGCACGGGUGGAGGUCUGCUCAUCGCUAGUGAAAAUUACAUAGCACCAAUUCCUUCUGGCAAGUGAUUAGGCAACCAUGUAUAAAACAGUCAGACCAUCGUAUGACGAUGAAAACGAAAGCGAAGACGACUUCUUGGGAAGUGUGUUGGACAAGAAAGAACCGCAAGACGACGACGAAUAUAGCACUCUUUCGUUCGAUGCUUUAAAUAAGGCCCAAAAUCAAUUAUCCAAAAAUAAAACCAACAAGUCAAAACAACCAAAAGGAAAAUCGAAAAUAAGAGAAAGCCGAUCAAGCGACGAAGAAGAAGAUAUAAGUAAGCAGGAAGAAUUAAGUAAGAAAGAAAAGAAAAGAAAUAAACAUGCUCCAGCAGAAUCAUCCACUAAGAAACCAGUUUCAAGAAUAAGAGAGAUCCCUGGUCUUGUAACUAAAAAGGAUAGCACCCUUCAUACCGAUAUAAGAUUUGAUCCAGCGUACGGUAAGGCCGAUUUACAGAAAACCCGUAAGAAUUACUCCUUUUUAGAUGAUUACAGAAAAGAAGAAAUUAAACAAAUGGAAUCAAUAUUAAAAGAUAAAUCAAAAAACCGUUUUUUAUCAGAAUAUGAACAAGGAGAAAUUCAACAUAAGUUACAAUCUUUGAAAUCAAGAUUAGAUACUAUGAAAAAUCGUGAUUUAGAACAUGAAAUAUUAGCAAAUCAUAAAAAAGAACAAAUGCUUAAAGUUAAAUCGGGUGAACAAGUUAAUGUCUAUCAUUUGAAGAAAAGUGAACAACGUAAAUUAAUCCAAAAGGCUAAAUUUGACUCUAUGAAAUCAAGUCAAAGAGAAAAAGUUAUGGAACGUAAAAGAAAAAGAAGAUUGGGUAAAGAAUUUAAACAAUUGGAAUUUAGAAAUAAUAAUUAA